CACACACGCAGCCUCUCAGAGAGUGCGGUGCUGCAGCCACAAGAUGAAUCUCUUGCACAUGCCGUCGCUAAGAGCCGGACUUCUGUGCUGCAUCCCGUUGCUGUUUGCGGAUGUGCAGGGGUGCGUGUGGGGGUGUGUUUGUGUGUGAGACUACGGCUUACACGAGCACAGCGGCACAUCGGACCCGAGUCGGAGAUUAUUCUGUGUGUGGAAUCUCUGUCUUUGUGGAUGUGUAAGGGGGGAGAUGAAGUGACAAACGAGUGGCGUGAGUCCUCUGCGCGACUCGCAGCAUGGCAGCCCCUCUUCCGUCUCUCCCAUGCGUUCGUCUGCCCUUUCUCGUCUCCCCUUGUGCUCCGUCUGUCCGAAGCCUGCUGCACUGAGAGAGUUAGAACAAGGAGAGAGAGAGAGAGAGAGAGAGAGUGCCAGAGAAAGAGAGAGCGCGUGCGACAGAGAGAGAGAGAGGACAUGCGCUGGCCAGAGCGGCGCUCUCUGCCUCAGCUCCGUCACUGACCCGCAUCUGGAGGAACCAUGGUGAGCAAAGAGGUUGGUAAAUGCAUGCUCACCAACUCUGAAUCAGACUCUGAGGCAGCACCCUCCAUGGCCCUGGAGGUAAAAGGACCGCCGGAUGGGAGUCGGCAGGUGCGCAAGCGCAACAAAGCCUUGCAGGUACGCUUCAAGGACAUCUGCGAGGCCCAGAGUGAGCAGGCAGCUGCGGCACGGGGAGCGAAGUCUGUCACGUACAAAGUGGCAUACCGCAAGUACAUGACCGUUCCAGCUCGGAGAUCCAUACCCAAUGUGACUAAAAGCACUGGAGUGCAGACCUCUCCGGACCUAAGGAAGCGCUACCAGACUUUCCCGAUGGAGAGGAAAAAGGGUCAAAGCGUGAAACAUGCGGCUACAGCGGAGAGCUAUAAGGACCAGGAUAAUGGAUUUGUUAUUGAUGUUAAGAGGGCCAAAGCAGCUGAGGGGGGAAGGGAAGAGACGUCGUCUCACACCGUACAAAAGACCAAAGCUUUGAUGCACACUAAUGAGUGCAUAGCCACCAUAGAGCACCACUCACAUGCUGCAGAGUGUACAGACAGGAUACUGUUGCCCUGUCCCUCAGAGGACCAAUCAAAUUACCAGAUCUGUACAGUGAAGAGCAAACAUCGAAAGAGCUUCCAAAGGGACUCAGAGUCACUAGAGCGCUCAGGAAAAUGGCAAAUAAUAAAUUCUGAGGACAGAGAUGGUAGUACACUGCCAAACUCUAGCUCCAAAGUGACAAGCCCCAUAGCCUGGAACUCCUUAACGCAGGUGGAGUGUCUGGAGAGUCCGACAGCACGCAGUAAGCGCAAAAAGGUUUUGCAGUUAAAUGGCCUGCAAUCACAGACACUGCCGAGGACUAGCUGUACCACACAAGUGCAGUGUCAUGCUGGAAUGAUCUCUGCUCGGCCCAUACAGGCAAUGGAGGAAGCGGCGGCGGCAUCGGUUGCCGCUGCCCCUACUGCCGCUUUACCAUCCACAUGUGAGACUGGGACAGGAACAGUACCAGGUACAGGGAAUCUACAGGUGGAUAGCGAGGCUUGCAAGCAGAUAGUGCCUGUGAAUCAGGAUAAGGAUGUAAAAGCACAGCUGCAAGCCAUGGAGAACAUGAUCAGCUCCAGUCAGGAAACCAUCAAAGUCCUGCUGGGAGUCAUUCAGGAGCUGGAGAAAGGAGAGGCUCUCAGAGAAGGUCUCUCCUAUCGGACCGGGCAGGACACGGCCAACUGCGACACAUGCCGGAACAGCGCAUGCAUUAUUUACAGUGUGGAGUUGGACUUUAAGCAGCAGGAGGACAAGCUGCAGCCGCUGAUGAGGAGGUUGUGCUCAAUGGAGGACUCGUCCUUCCCCUCGCUGCCUUACCCUCAGGAGGCCUACACCUCCACGCCCAAGCGCAAGGCCAAAGCCGAGGCCAAGAAACACACGCGCUGGAAACUGUGGUUCCUCUGAAUGCAACACAGCGCCCUGCAGGACACACACGUACACGUUUCCGCAUUGUCCCUGUCCUCAUCUGUCCCUUUUCCGGCCGUGAGUCUUUCUACACUUUCAUCACAGGAAAAAAAAAGAAAAAAAAGCGAGGAGAAGUUGGAUCCUGAACACUGAACCUGGCUGGAGCCUGCUUCAAAUUAAAAACGGAGUCUACAGGGAAAUGGAUUUCCUCAUUUAGUAUCGGAAAAGCUGAAUAUUUUGACCAAUUGUGCCCAGAGUGUGAAACGGCUCAAUUUGCAAUUCAGCGAGGUGAGAAACCAGAUUGAAUUAAAGCUGCUGCAACGUCCCGCAUUUAAAUGUAUAUAUUAAAUCAAACCAUUAUUUAUUUAUACACGAGUGCAUCACCUCUGCUUAGGUUAUUCACAUAAACCCCCUUCCAAGAUCCACAUCCACACAAAUAUUAUACAAGUUUAUUUAUUUAGGCCUCUCCUACUCACAAAAAAAAGAGGAAAGUCAUUUUCCCAGGACUAAAGUAUUAUUCCUCAUGAAUAUCAACACGACUGGAGUCUCAGCAUUAAGACAAAGCACAAGGACACUACAGACUCCACUCCAGAUGAAGUGGACUCAACACACAGACUUGGAUUUACACAGACAUUUAGACAAAAUGGAAAGACGCUUAAUUUAAUCUACGGAGAGAGGGGGGAAAAAAAACAAAAAAAAAACACGAAAGGAAACAAAAAGUUCCGCAGCUAUUUAUCAAAUUUCUACAUCAGGAGCCCUAGACAUCUCUUGUGAUGUUAAUUUAAAAGAAAAAAAAAGAAAAAAAAGGAAACAAGUACCAGAUAUUUUUAUAUAUUCGUAAUAUUGAGCAUUAAAUUCAGAUUUUCUAAUACAUAAUGUAUGAAGUUAUAUCUUCCUUUACAGGAUUAUUAAAAUACUAAAAAAAGAAAAAAGAAAAAAAAAAAGAAAGAUGGAUGCUUCAGAAGGUUGGAAAAGCCUUGUUCCAUUUUUAACUCCAUCUUCCCUUCCUCGAGUCCAUCGAGGAUCAGGGAGCUGAAGAGCACCGUACAGGAAACAACCUCAGAUCUUAGACAUGUUCUAGCAUCUAGCAACAUCAACUAGCAUGGUGUGAAACAGAUUAGAAAGCUGGAUAAGUGUGUGCUGGGCUGUAAUCCGUUCAGCUCUAAGGUAAUGAUUUUUCAGGAUAAUAUUAAAUAAUUAUUUUAUCCUCAACGAAGCCAAGCCACGCUUUCUACUCGAGACGUGCAUUUCUAAACCCAAUAUGUAAAUAUGAGCUUUUCGUUUCUUAAAAAAAAAAGGAAAAAAUAUUUAUCUAAUGUAACAUCACUAUAGCAUUGUAGAACAAUUGCGGAUUAAUUUAUGAGGCAGAGCAUCUAAUCAGGGCUACGAGCAUCUCCAGGAAGAGGAAGAAGAGGAGGAAGAUCUCUGAUCAGGGCAUUUUGGUCACAGUGUCUCUGGAGCCAAAAAGAGCAUGAUGGAGAAAAGACACAGCCAGAGUGCUUUCUAAGGGCAAACAGAUUCAUAUUAAAAUCAUGAACUCUAAAAGGUGUUCGAUGCCGAUUUCUCCACGUUUCACUCUAGACUAGAUAAACGCAUCAUCCCACCCGAUCUGAUCCAUCACGAGUUAUCUUGUACACGAGAGGAUCCGGCGUUCGAGCAGUCCGGCUGUAGCGUGAAGAGAGAACUAGAUGAUAUCUGUACCUUAAAGAAGUGCAAUUGAUUCACUAUGUGCAAUAUUGUGCAUUUUAUACUGUUUUUAAAAAUAAUAUUAAAAAAAAAAACACUAUUUAAUACAUAAAAUAAAACCUGAGAAAGAAAUGAGAGAAGUGGUGUGUGUGGUCAUGUCAUGAGCUAAGUGCAGACUUCAUGAAAGCCUGCUGCAUUCAAGUAAGAAGAACUGGGAAUUAUGGGAUUUA